AUCUGGCUUGUCGCCUAAGUUGGAAUCGAUUUUGAACAAAACGAAAGAGAGAGAGAGAGAGACGCAGAGGUGAAUUAGAAAUAACAGUCAAUAGAGUGAGAGAUGGCGAGAUAUGAUCGAGCAAUCACAGUGUUCUCCCCAGACGGCCACCUUUUUCAGGUAGAGUAUGCCCUAGAAGCUGUCCGUAAGGGUAACGCCGCCGUCGGAGUCCGCGGCACCGAUACCGUCGUCCUCGCCGUCGAGAAGAAAUCCACCCCUAAGCUCCAGGAUACAAGAUCAGCUAGGAAGAUUGUGAGUCUAGAUAACCACGUGGCGUUGGCCUGUGCUGGGCUCAAGGCAGAUGCUCGUGUCCUGAUUAACAAGGCCAGGAUCGAGUGUCAAAGCCACAGGCUUACGUUGGAGGAUCCCGUGACUGUCGAGUACAUCACUCGGUACAUUGCUGGGCUUCAGCAGAAGUACACUCAGAGUGGGGGUGUUAGACCUUUUGGUCUUUCCACUCUUAUUGUUGGUUUUGAUCCCUACACUCGUAUUCCUUCGCUUUAUCAGACUGAUCCAUCUGGGACGUUCUCUGCUUGGAAGGCUAAUGCGACCGGGAGAAACUCGAACUCGAUCAGGGAGUUUCUGGAGAAGAAUUAUAAAGAAACCUCUGGUCAAGAAACUGUGAAGCUUGCUAUCCGUGCUCUGCUUGAGGUUGUUGAGAGUGGGGGAAAGAACAUUGAGGUUGCUCUGAUGACACGGGAGGAAGGUACUCUGAGUCAGCUAGAAGAAGCUGAAAUCGAUGCUAUUGUGGCUGAGAUCGAAGCAGAGAAGGCUGCUGCAGAAGCAGCCAAGAAAGGCCCUUCAAAGGAAACCUGAGCAUGAGCCAGUGUCUUUACAAUAACGGUCUCAGUUUUCAAGUUGUAACUUUUGGUUCAAAUUAUGUUAUUUUGAGGGUUGAAUAGAAAAUCUGGACUGCGUGAAUUUGUUUUGUUGGAUCAUUAGCCUGUGUUGACGACAUUUUCGCUUUAAAUCUUAAUCGACAAUUUUAGCAAA